CGGGCUUCUGGCUAUUUUCAGACGCGAGCCACUAGGGUCUCCUGACUCCUUGGCGCCGCUGCGCGCUCUGGCUCCUGCUCCUGUUUCUCCCGCCUGUAGCCAUGGGUCCCCGGCCUCGCCCGGUGCUGGGCGCCCUCCUGCUGCUCCUCUCCGGAGUCUGCACGGUGCUCUGCGACACACCUGCCAACUGCACCUACCCUGAGCUACUGGGCACCUGGGUCUUCCAGGUGGGCCCCAGCGGUCCCCAGCGCGACGCUAACUGCUCGGCGAUGGGACCAUCGGAAAAAAAAGUAGUGGUACACCUUAAGAAGUUGGAUACAGCCUAUGAUGAGUUUGGCAAUUCUGGGCAUUUCACCAUCAUUUACAAUCAAGGUUUCGAGAUUGUGUUGAACGACUACAAGUGGUUUGCCUUCUUCAAGUAUGAAGUCAAGGGCAGGACAGUUGUCAGUUACUGCCACGAGACAAUGACUGGGUGGGUCCACGAUGUGCUGGGCCGGAACUGGGCUUGUUUCGUUGGCAAGAAGGUGGGAAGUCCUUCUGAGAAGGUGAACGUGAAUGUGGCAUACCUUGGAAGUCUCCAGAAAUAUUCUGACAGGCUCUACAGUUAUGACCACAACUUCGUGAGGGCAAUCAAUUCCAUUCAGAAGUCUUGGACCGCAACCACAUACAUGGAAUAUGAGACUCUGAACCUAAGAGAUCUGAUCAGGAGAAGUGGUGGCCACAACCAGAGGAUCCCAAGGCCCAAACCUGCUCCACUGACUGAUGAAAUACAGCAGAAGAUUUCAAAUUUGCCAACAUCUUGGGACUGGAGAAAUGUACACGGGAUUAAUUAUGUUAGCCCUGUUCGAAACCAAGAAUCUUGUGGCAGCUGCUACUCAUUUGCUUCUGUGGGUAUGCUAGAAGCCAGAAUCCGUAUAUUAACCAACAAUACUCAGACUCCAAUCUUGAGUCCUCAGGAGAUUGUAUCUUGUAGCCAGUAUGCCCAAGGCUGUGAAGGUGGCUUUCCGUACCUCAUCGCAGGAAAGUACGCCCAAGAUUUUGGUGUGGUGGAAGAAGACUGCUUCCCCUACACAGCCAAGGAUGCUCCGUGCAAGCCGAAGGAUGACUGCAUCCGCUACUAUUCCUCCGAGUACCACUAUGUGGGCGGUUUCUAUGGGGGCUGCAACGAAGCCCUGAUGAAGCUGGAGCUGGUCAAUCAUGGGCCUAUGGCAGUUGCCUUUGAAGUCCAAGAUGAUUUCCUGCACUACCGCGGAGGCAUCUACCACCACACCGGGUUGAGAGACCCUUUCAACCCCUUUGAGCUGACAAAUCAUGCUGUUCUGCUUGUGGGCUAUGGGAGAGACCCUGUCACUGGGGUGGAUUACUGGAUUGUGAAGAACAGCUGGGGCAUUGGCUGGGGCGAGGAUGGUUACUUCCGGAUCCGCAGAGGAACUGAUGAGUGUGCGAUAGAGAGCAUCGCGGUGGCGGCCACGCCCAUUCCUAGAUUGUAGGGCUUCAUUCCAGCAUCCUGCAAUUUCAGAAGCUUACCACUGUAUUUUCAUGCCUUUGAAAUUAAAACUAGCCUUGAUUUUUUUUUUUAAUGUCUCCCCAUCAACCACUGGCCUACUUUUUCUAAGUACAUGGUUAAGUAAGAUUUAUUUUGUAAGUGAUGGUUAAGCAGUCAAAUAAUGGAUUUUGCUUAUCGUCUGCAAUUCAAUCAGAUGUAUUUUUAAAAAUCUAUGUAAAGUAUGAACUUAUUUUAAAAUUAUGUAAAUCACAUGAAAAUAUGGCAGAGAUUAUUAAAAUUUUUAGAGAUUUUUA